AUGGCCUCCCUGGCCAAGCCCCCCGGCUCACGGGCACACUCUUGCUCCCCGGCCCGCUCCCCCGGGCUGUCCCCGGCCCUCGGUCCCUCUCGCUGCGGCGGAGAGCGGCGCAGGGCCGCCUCAGACGCCGUGCAGGAGACGCAGGUGGGGCCGGUGGAUCUGAACCGCACCAUCAAGCUGCUGGAAGAUGCAAGCUCCAGUGAUUUGGAAGAUGAGCAGCUGAAAGUUCUCAAGAAGGUAGUCAAGUCUUUUGAAAAUGGGCUUCCCAUUAAGGAUUUAACACAAAUAAUGGACAUUCUUAACCUGUGUGCAGAAAAAGUGAAUGAACAAGAAGCUUUCGUUGAGCCCGUAUGUGAACUUAUAAAGUUAUGUGGUUUGCCAUUUCAAAAAAAGAAAUUAUCAGAUGAAGUAAACUAUUCUGCGGCAGUUUCAAAAUCCAUUGCACAACUUGGUUGUUUGAUGAGGGUGCCAAGUUCUCGAGUUAGAAUACAAAUCUGUAAGUGUAUAAUUAGCUUUUAUAAGAUGGAGCUGCCAAAAAAACUACUUCCAGGUUACCAGCCAACAAGUGCAAACUAUAAGAUUCAGAUGGCUGAAUUAGGAGGAUUAGCAGAAACUCUUGUUUUAUCUCUAGCAUUAGUUGAAAAUCAACUUACUGAGAAGUUGUGGGUUCUUAAAGCUCUUGAGCACCUCUCCAGCUCUGGAGUAAAUUGCAGACAUAUGAUGAAGGCUCAAGCAGCCAGCAGACUCUGUUUGUAUCUAAAUGGCACUGAUCCCUCAGGACAGCUGGUGUUCCGCUCAUCAGAAAUCUUAUGGAAUCUACUAGAAAAUACCUCAAAAGAAGAAGUUGUUAAUCAACUCAGUAGCUUGGAAUGUAUACAUGCAAUGAAGGAAGCAUUUGUGGACCGGCUCAUAAAUGGUUUUCGCCAUUCUGAUCGUCAGCUAAGGAACGACCUCCUGGUGAUUGCCACAUUAGUAGCUGAAAACUCUGCAGCAUCUAUGAUUGAAAGUGGAUUUACAAUGCUGUUAAUAGUACUUGCAACAUUUACUGAAGCUAAAAUUCCCAAUCCUUUGUUAAAAGGUCUUAAACUUACCUACUCUUACGAAGACUUUGAGAUGAAGAAGUUGUUGUUUAACAUAAUAGGGAUCUUUUCUAAAGACCCGCAUGCUGUACAGCUUCUCAGUGAAAAUGAUGUGAUGCCAGCUUUGUUGGAUUAUGUAAAACCACAUAAAAAGCCUGGAUUUCAUGACUGGUCUGCUGCCCAAUAUGAGGAAUUACAGCUUCAUGCAAUUGCUAUUUUAGCUUCAGUGGCUCCCUUGUUAAUUGAUAAAUAUUUGUCUUGCCAAGCAAAUACUCUUCUCCUUAUGUUUCUAGAGUGGUGUAUAGGUCAAGAUCCUUUCUUUGGUCAAGGUAACAGUUUCCAUGGAACAGGUGGUCGUGGCAGCAAGCUUGCUCAAAUGCGCUACAGUCUGAGAGUGCUGAAAUCUGUUGUAUCCCUUUAUGAUGAUGCUGUGAGCCUUAAUUUGUGUGACCAGGGAGCUAUUAGCCAGCUACUGGAUAUCCUGAAGUAUACAGCAAACAAAUUGGAACAAAAAGAUGAUGCCGUUCUGCUGGAAAUCCAGGCUAAUAUAUUCUUUAUUUUGUCUGUUCUCUGUGAAAAUGAUGUCCACAGAAAGGAACUCUUCAGCUAUGAAGGAGUGGAUUUACUUAUCCCAUUCAUUCAGAUGGAUCCAAAGAAGCUGCACAGUGGACUGGGCCACAAUCGUCUCCUUUUCAGUGCACUGGACUGCUUGUGGUCGUGUGUCAUUGGAUGCUACAUUGCAGAGGAUUAUUUUCUAGAACAACAAGGCAUUUUUCUCCUUCUGGAUUUGCUGGCAUUAAAACAAAAAAACUUGUUCAAUGUAAUUCUUGGGAUCCUCAGUGAGUUUUGUGACAAUCCCAAAACCAUUAUUCACAUCAGUGCUUGGCGGGGGGAGAAAGAUCAAACAGCAGCUAAACUGCUAAUACAGCUAUGGAGGCAGGAGGAAAUGGACUUGGGAGUCCAACGUGAUCGAUAUGGAAGGAUUGCUGAUGUAAAGAGGCCUAUUGCUGGCAGCUUCCAGAAAGAGCAAGAGGUCAUCCCCAUGCCUUCCAGCUGUCCCAGCUUUGCCAUUGUGGAAAUUUCAGAAAACAUACGGGCAAAACUUUAUUCAUUAUUGUGCAAACUAGACAUUAUGUUUGUUCUUUUCAAGUCUGUCCUCAGUGGGUUCAAUGAUAGUUUUGAAAAUUUGCCUGGUUUGUCUUCUAAGGAUUUUGUCACACUUGCUAUCAUACGGCGGUAUAUUGACUUUAAGGUUGGAGAAGUUUGGAGUGAAGUGUGUGCAGAACUAAGAGAAGAAUUCAGACCUAUUGGUUCAGAUGAGGAAAUACUGAAAGUUAUUUCAGAAGUAUCAGAAAAUAUUGGAAAAAUGGUCACUGCUUACCAGACUGAACUGCUUGAAAAUCAUCAUCAGCAAGAUAUCCAAGAGGAGGAAAAAACAUACACACAGAUUCGUGCUGUCCAUAAACAGAAAGAAAUGGUAAACAAAUCUUGGGAAAAUUUCUUAAUUCGGACAUCAAACUAUGAAGCACUGAAGAAAGCAAAAAGGCUUCAGGAAAAAUCAAUAGAGGCUUCCAGAUCUAAAUCAAAGACUCAAAAUGGAGCAGUCCAUUCUACUGAUAUUAAAGGCUUGGGCACAACAGUUGGAUCUGGUCACUUAGUAACUGUUGGAAGUACACCUUCUCAGUUAGUCGAAGGACCACUGGCUGAUAAAGGCCUGCCUCUUAAAAAGAUACCUUACCGUGAAGAAGCCUUAAAAAAGAACAAAAAGAGUUAAAACACUGGACACAGUCAAGAAAGAUUAGGUUCUUGUAGGAUAAACAGCAUUCUGAGCAGUGCUUUUAAUAUUUAAGUCAACUGUGUGUCUAUUUUAGGUACAGAUAAAACAUUUCGUAUAGUCCUGAUAAAUGGCAUAGAACAUCUUGAGAGUAAAGUUAUAUUUUUUAUAUUUAUAACUAAUGUAAACAAGGGGAUGACAUACUAAUAAAAUAUCCUAUACAGCAUGGUACAAACA